AUGGAUUUCGCGACCGGUCUCCCGGAGAUUGUGCAGGACUCGAGGCUGGAUGUCCGGUUCGCAAAUGAGGGACAGCGACGAUAUACUAUCCACCCGCAGGCUGCCACCAGGCGGUCUCGAUAUGUCGAGGAGCGAUGGGUCCAUGAGAAAGUCCUGGGCCAAGGUGGCCACGGCUCUGUAGACCUGCAAGUCAAGGACAUGGGCAGACCUGGGACACUCCAGCACCGAGCAGUCAAGAAAAUCAGGCUUCAGCAUGGGGAAGCCCGGCAGUCAAAGAUGAUUCAGCGAGAACUAGAGGCUAUCUUCAAGUUUUCUCAGGCGAGGUAUUCUGAGUUGUUCGUCCAGUCGUAUGGGUGGUUUGUCAGCGAGGGCCUGAUCCAUAUCGCUAUGGAAUAUCAUGAACUCGGAGAUCUGCAACAUUUCCUCGAUGAUGCCUCUCGGUGUCCAGGCAAGAGAUUGCCGGAGCAUGAUGUUCAUGAUAUAUCCCUUCAGGUGCUGGACGCCUUGUGCCUUAUGCAUGAACAAGGCUUCUCUCAUCGGGACCUCAAGCCAGCAAACAUUCUAAUCAAACAUCAACCCCCAAACCCUUGGUGGGUCAAACUGGGCGACUUCGGAAUCAGCAAGCGAGGUGGAGAAAUGUCACAACUGACAACCAUCGGAGGAACCCUAUCCUUCAUGCCUCCAGAGCUGCGUUUCCAGAGUAGCCGUCUCAGUACGCGCCCGUUUGCUGCCGAUAUGUGGAGUUAUGGUGAGACCUUAUACAGAAUGUUCACAGGCCAACCCAUGUUUGACGGGGACGCCUUACUCGAUUAUUGGCAAGGCCGUUCUUGUUUCCCAGAUGAAGGAUUGCGUCGUCUUCAGACCAGCAAUGCUGCCAUAGAGUUCAUCAAAAAGCUGGUGGUCCCCGAAUCAGAGAAAAGAAUUUCGUCAGAGGAGGCAUUGCAUGAUCCGUGGAUCGAUGCGCCUCCCCUACAGCCGCACGAGCAAUCUGAAUCUACUCAAAAAGACCAAACCCUUCCUUUCCGCCCACGGCCUGUGUCCAAUGAAAACUCAAACAUAACUGCCACUUCAACAUACUCUAAUGUUUGGCCAGAUGAACCUUCAGCCACGGUAACACAGCUGCGACAGCCAACCUAUUCAAAUCUCUGGCCUGAUUCUCGCUCCACGAACCCAACCUCUUAUGCAGGGUCGACUCAUGCGGCGCAUCAAACUGAUCUGCCUAGCAUUAACCCCUCCACGCAGAGCCGUCCGGACUCUCAACCAUCGGCCAGCUACAGUUCAGUCCACAUGGCCCUAGGUGUACCCGGAAUCUAUCACCAUACAUUAGAGAAGUGCCGAAAGCUAAACGGCAAGGCAGAGACAGCCUUCAAAGAUGAGAACUACCAACUGGCUGAGACGAUAUACCGAGACGUUUGGAAAAUCAAAACGCGGACCUUUGGAAGCGAUCACCCCGAUACAGUGAACAGCAAGAUGAAACUUGCAGAGGCAAUGGCAGAGCAAGGCAGCAACCAGAAACUGAUUAUGGCGGAGUCAAUGUUUCGAGAGGUUUGGCAGCUGAGAAAAGCUGCAUCGGGGAAUGAACAUCGCGAGACGCUCCUCGCCGAGCAAAAUCUGGCGAGUGCCUUGAGUUGCUUGGACAGGGACGAUGAAGCCGAGGGAAUGUUCAGGGGGUUGCUUUCAGCACAAAGGAGGACAUUGGGGGAUGAACAUGAUGACACGCUCAAGACGAUGAAUGGGCUUGCUGACUUGCUCCUGAAUGGCGAGGAGAAUGGCAAUGAGGAAAGAGUGAAAGAAGCGGCUGAACUCUUUGAACAAGUUCUCAAAAUUAGGGUUGGAGCACUUGGAACUGAGCACGAUGAGACGGCUUCUGCAAUGCAAAAGCUUUCAUCUGCCUAUUUACAGCAACGAUUCUUUGGCGAGGCCGAGUCUCUCUCUAAAGAUGCGUUGCACAUCAUACAUACCAAGCACGGCAGAGACCACAAGAAAGCUUUUGAUAUCAUGGAGGGACUUGCUGGUACGCUUCACAUGCAAGGCAAGGCCGACGAAUGCGAAGAGCUCCUCCGCGAGCUUGUCGAGGUUAAAAUACGCGUGUUAGGUGAGGCGCAGGCCGUUUAUGCGAUUGAUGGCCUUGCAGUACAUCUUAGCAGGGAAGGCAAGAAAGACGAAGCAGAGAAAUUUUACAGAAAGGCUCUCCAUAUUCUAAAGGAUGAGGAAAGGGUUGACCAACGUACACUCGCCAUCAUGGAGGCCCUAGCGAUGUUGCUUUUUAGUCAGGGUAAAGAGGAAGAGGAAGCAAAAAGUCUUUCUCGGGAAGUCGUCGACAUUCACAAAAAGCUCGAUGGCGUUGAACAUCCCGCUACGCUUCACAGCAUGCAUGUCCUCGCGAAACUCCUGUUCGACGAGAUCUCUGAAACAGGAGGCGAAUCAUUAUCCAUACUUGAAGAAGUGGUCCAUCUUCGGCAGAGAACUCUAGGUUUCGAACAUGAAGAUACACUGCAGGCUAAGGUCGAUUUGGCUCAAGUAUAUUCAAAGAUGAAGGAGUAUGAAAAGGCAGAAUCAACUUAUAAGGAAGUCAUCCGGAUUCAAAGGAGAGAAUUGGGUGCCAAACACCCACAUACGCUUGAUACUAUGAGUAGUCUGGCCAAUUUCCUAACAAGGAUCGACCGGAUGCCCGCAGCAGAGACGAUUCUGCGAGACGUGAUCGCUGGGCGUCAACAGGCAUUAGGAGAAUCACACCCGCGUACAAUUAAAAGCAUGAAAUCCCUCAGAAAAGUGCUCUCAGAACAGGGACAGCUGACUGAUGCCACAAGAGUGGCCGAGAAGAUUGUUGAACUUCAAAAAAAGAGUCUCUGGUACUAUAUUUAA